AUGGUCAAAUCCACCAGGGUCCUGGACGACCUGCAGGAGACUAUCGCUGCGCUAUUCGACCAAGCGCAAUCAUCUAUCGCCAACCAUAAGAAAAAUUGUGUAACUCUGUACAAGCUCCAUGUCAAGGCGGCAGCGAUCACGAAGCCCUCGAAGGCUGGUGGGACUGGCGUCAAACCCAUUGGAGAGCGGGCGUUUGGGGAUGUGUUUAUUGAUAUGAUCAGUCGGAUAUUGCCAGUGAAGAAGGGAUCGGCGACGGCAGAUCGGAUUGUGAAAUAUGUUGGGGCGUAUGUUCAAUUUAUCAACGAGAAAGGCGCGUUCCUUUUUUUUUGGGCUGAAGACAAUUUCACAACACGAUUUGUCGCCCGCCUAUUACAAUGGCUCAUCCAAGGAUUCGUUGCGAAGAAUAAAAAUAUCCGAUACCGCUGCAUUCAUUUUGUUGCUGAAAUGAUAUUGCACAUCGGAGAAGUGGAUGAGGAUAUGUAUAGCAUGCUCCGUGAUAACUUGAUGGACAGACUAUCCGACAAGGAGCCGCUGAUUCGGAGUCAUGCAGUUGCUGCACUAUCUAAACUUGUGGGCACUGAGGAUCCGGACGAAGUCGAAGAAGGGGAAAAGUCCAUUCUUGAGAUACUUUUGGACGUCGUCUCAAGCGAUUCCGCAGCAGAAGUCCGCCGCACCGCCUUGUUGAAUAUUCCUCUAUCUUCAGCCACGCUUGAUGCCAUCUUGAGUCGCACCCGGGAUGUGGACCCUCUCACCCGCAAAAUAGUAUACGCUGGCGUUCUCCAGACAAGACUAAGUCAUCCACGUCAGUUGACGAUAGCUCAACGCGAACAAGUCGUCAAAGACGGACUCGGCGAUAGAGAGCCCGGAGUUCGCGUGGCUGCUGGAAAGUUGGUAGCCAGCUGGUUUGAUAUUGUCCUUGCCGAAACGGAUAAAGCGGAGGAGGCUACUUGGGAAGGAGACGAUGGGGGUGUAAUGAAGGGGUUGAUUCGCUUCCUUGCACUGUUCGACGUGGUCGGGCCUGGGGAGACAAUUGCCGUUGACGCGAUGACGUCUAUCUUCGUCACUAGACCCGAUCUUCCCACCGUGUUUACCUUCCCUGACGCAUACUGGAAGAAUCUCACACCAGAGUCAAUUGUGCUUGCUCGCGUGUUUGUUGAGCACUGCAUCAGCGUGAAAAAUGAAACUCUUUUGGAAGCCGCGGCAUUGCCUGUCGUCACGGCCUUUGCAUUCCAUAUGCAGGAAUCUUAUAAUCUGCUAUUGGAAGCUCUUGAAGAUCUCAAUGAGGCGGACGAGGACGAAGUCCUGGAGGAGGAGCUCGCUAAGCGGGAAGCCAUCCUGGGCGAGCUGUUAAGGGUGACUUUGAAGUUGGACUACGGGGAUGAAAUUGGCCGUAGGAAGGUGUUCACUGUCGUCAAGGACAUGCUAGGCCAUCCGAAAUUACCUCCAGGCUUGAUUCAGAAUUGCUUUGACGUCUUGAAAGAGAUCAUGCCUUCAGAGCGUGACCUUAUCAGAAUCGUUGUCGAGAUCAUCGUCGACCUGCGAGAAGGAGAUGAUGAUGGUGAGGAUGAUGAUAACCAAGUAGACCACGACGAUCCUGACACUACACUGAGUACAAUCAGGAAAGAGCGAUCCCUCCGCCGGACGAAAGGCCGUGAAGAGAUGUCGGCGGAGGAACGGAUAGACGCAGAUGCGAAAGACAUUCGGUGUCUUCUGCUAUGUAUCGCUAUGCUGGAGCGUGUCGAUGGCUCUUUUGAAGACAAUUCAACCCUAGAAGGAAUUCUGGCGGAUCUUAUUAUUCCUUCAGUGAAGAGGAAGGAGCUAGCCAUGCGGGAGAAGGCUCUUAUCAGCCUGGGUCUCUGUUGUCUCAUCGCCAAGAAUAUGGCAUUAAGUUCAUUCCAACUCUUCGUCAGCCAAGCACAGAAUGCAUCAACUGAACUCAAGCUACAAGUUAUACGAGUCAUUUUUGACCUUCUUUUUAUGUAUGACCAAGAUUUCUUUGGACACUCAGAGGAUAUCGUGCGUGCGAAACGUAUUAUCGACUUCUUACUGCAGACUCUUGAAGCUGAAGAAUCCCCUGCCGUCCAAGUCAUCUUGUGCACUGGAUUUUGCAAGCUUCUUCUAGCCGGAAUAAUCACAGACCCUAAUGUUCUGACAUGCCUAGCAUUGAUGUAUGUGUCUCCGACGACCGUUGACAACCAGGAACUGCGGCAGUGUCUGUCAUAUUUCUUCCCCGUCUAUGCCUACGCCUCCUCAGCAAAUCAAAGCUAUAUCCAAUCGAUCUUUAUACCAGCAUUCGAUUUCGUUUCACGGACAUACGAUGAAAUAGAAGAGGGUCAAGAGAUGAUAUCACCAUACCAAUUUGGACUUUUGUUGAUCGAUUGGACCAAUCCACAGAGGACAGCGGAGAUGUAUGACAUUCCCUCGUUUUUUUCUAUAAAGUUAGGUUGA